AUGACGAAAUUCAAUGAAAUAUUCUCGUCCGUCGUGAAGUAUUUUCGUCCGAGAUCCGCGCACUCCGAUGAUUUCCGCCUGGGUGCGAUCCACUACAAGAUGCUCUUCGGUCUCCUGAUCGCGUCUUCGCUCUUGACAGGAUUGACCGCGUGGUAUUCCCAAAUCGAGUGUCAGGAGCACAACAAGGCCUCUUUCGAUGCAAGUCUCGUCAAACAGUGGUGCUACGCGAACUCGAUGUUCGUUGUCGACUACACGAACGCGGGCGAGCCCUACGGUAUCAGCAACUCUCACCGUGCUCAGACCAGCAAAGUCGUGUUCCUGAAGUACUACCAAUGGGUGACGUUGGCACUCUUCAUCCAAGCGGUCUUGUUCCAGAUCCCUCGUAUCGUAUGGAAAUCCAUCGAAGGCGGACGACUCAGACGCAUGACCGAUCUCGUGAAGAACCUUGAAUUCGUCCCCGCUGGAGAUCGCACCGCAAAAGUCGCUUUAGUCGUCGAUUACUUCAUGCAAGCACCGAGACGCCACCGCGAUCGCAAUUAUUUUUUGUAUUGCGCCCUCUGUCAGUUUUCCUACUUGAUCAUAACCAUCUCGCAGAUUUACUUCACCGAUGCUUUUCUGAACAGGCAAUUCAUCUUUUUGAUGCCUAGGUGGUUCCUGGGGGAACCGAUUCUACAGCAAGUUUUCCCGACGCAAGCGAAAUGUUUGUACAGAACCUACGGAGCCGGAGGGGAUCUCCAGAAGCACGAUUUUCUUUGCGUUCUGGCGAUGAAUAUCCUCAUAAGCAAACUCUACCUUCUGCUAUGGCUGCUGCUCGCGAUCGCUCUGAUCGCCGCCAUAUUCCAGACGAUUUACCUCAUCGCCCUCUGCUUCUCAACCAGAAUGCAGCGCAAUUUGUCGAGGGACAGAGAAUUUCUGGAUAAGCUCUCGUGUUCGGCAGGAGAUUGCCUCUUGCUCAAGUUUUUCCGGGAGAGCAUUGACUGUGUCGUUUAUGCCGAGUUCAAAAAACUCGCCUCGUUGAGGGCUGAGGAAUCUGGGAAGCCAGCUGAGGGGUAG